AAUUUCCACAGUGCUUUGUUUGACCACAGCUAGCACUUUGAUUGUGUUUCAAGUGAAAAAAAUUGCCCUAAUUCAGGCCAGGGAAAAGAAAGUAACACAACACAGAAAAGAUUGCAAUAGAUACACAACAGUGUCAGCUGGAUUUGAAAAACAAGUUUGGUGUAGUGAUGUCAUCAUACAAGCGCCAGGAUCAUGGGCAAAGGAUCGCGGGCAAGACAGGAGAACUAAACUCUGUCCUGAAAACGGGUCCUGGGGCUAAGCCCUGAAGAGAGCCCUUCCUAUCCUCAGUGCUGCAAUCAAUUUUCUGUAUUCAUUAUCAAUGAUACCAUGAUGAAGUUAAGAGAACACUCUGCAGUUGAGAAGUCCUUUUAUCUAAGAAACAAUUACUUGGACUUUAAUCCAAGAAGGCGUAUGUUUUUCUGAGCCUUCAACCCUGACUUGGCAUAGUCCCCUAAGUCACAAGUGAUAUGGCACCUCCACAGCUAACUAUCAGUGGACCUGGCAACUAACUUCAAGAUACAACUAGUGUGGAGUUUGCUCUUAAACCAAUAAUUGCAGAACAGAGUGUAUACUUCAGUGGAUCCAGAGUUUUCCAAACGGGGCUGUGAGUUUGGCUGAGAACGGCAACUCCUCCAGUCAUGGACGCAAACGUUGUCAUGACAUCUGGUUUUUUCCGAGUACUUUCAAGCCUGCUUGUUCUAUUCCUGCUGAGCUCCAGUUCUGCCUCUGAGGAAGAUACCGUGGUGGUUACAAGCAGUGGCCUUGUCCGAGGCAGGCGCCUCACAACAUCUUCUGGCAUGGUGACAGCUUUUCUGGGCAUACCUUAUGCUGAAUCUCCUGUGGGGAACCUGCGUUUUCAGAAGCCCCGUCCCCACCAACCUUGGAACCAUACCCUGGAGGCCACCAGCUUUGGCAAUUCCUGCUACCAGCAGAGGUUAGACCAUUCCCGCUAUGAAAAACAACUAUAUUCAGAAUCAGACUCCACCUUGCCACUGUCUGAGGACUGUCUUUUUCUCAACAUUUGGGUGCCUCAUCCCCGGCCUUCUUCACCAGCCUCUGUUCUUGUCUGGGUUCAUGGAGGUGGUUUCUUCAGUGGGAGUGGUUCUCUCGACAGAAGCUUCUUGGCUGCCACUGAGAACAUCAUUGUGGCUUCUAUGAACUACCGUCUAGGUGCAUUGGGCUUUCUCUCAUUACCCCCAGAUGCUCCAGGAAAUAUUGGCUUGUGGGACCAACAUCUGGCAUUGAGCUGGUUGAAAGCAAACAUGGCUGCCUUUGGUGGGGAUCCAACUCGGCUAACCCUGGGUGGUCAAAGUGCUGGGGCUGCAUCCGUUGGCUUCCAUCUUCUCUCUCCAGUGAGCCAAGAUCUCUUUGCUCAGGCCACCUUACAAAGUGGAGCAUCCAUUUCCCCCUGGGCUUGGGUGAACCCUGAGGAGGCCAAGGUGAGAGGGAGGACCCUGGGCCAGAUUCUUGGCUGCAAUGGGAACAGCAACAGAAUAAUUGUGAACUGUCUGCAGAGGAAAGACCCAGGAGUGAUAAUGCAGAAAUCACCGAUCUUAAAUCAGAAGAUUUUAUUGGAUACUGUCUUUGUGCCAACAACAGAUGGGGAAUUCCUCCCAGAUACCCCCAGGAAUCUUCUGAACACUGGGAGUUCCUCAGUUAAACCUGUCCUGACUGGCUUCACUUCCACUGAGGGUUCCCUGUUCCUCUCAUCAAGUGCUCCUGGUUUUAGUUUAUACAAUAGCAGCCUGAUCAACCACCAGCAGCUAUUGGAGGGCCUCCGUCUCCUGCUUCCAGAUGCAUCUGAUAACACCAUUGAAACGGCAGACUUCAUCUACUGUCAGGGGGAGCAGGGGGAGGCGCAGCAUCGAAAUGCUUUGGUUAGAGCUUCUGGGGACUAUCUCUUUUUGUGCCCUGUGGCUGUGGUGGCCGGGUUGAUGGCAGAAACUGGGAGCUCGGUUUUUGCAUACUCUUUCAGCCACCGCCCCUCCUUCGUGUCUGUUGUCUCUGACUGGAUUGGGGUGCCCCACUGUGCUGAGCUGCCCUACGUGUUUGGUGACCCACUGUCCGGGGCAGGUGGCAACAUCACAUACCCACCAGCUGAGGUGGAACUGAGCCGAAGGGUUAUGCAGUAUUGGGGAGAGUUUGUAAGGACUGGGUUUCCUGAUGGGGAAAGGUGGGGGGAGUGGCCUGUUUAUACAGGGGAAAGUUUCUUCCAGAUCAGCACAGAUCCAGCUCACCAUGAGGAGAUACCUACUGGUUACUGUAUCUUCUGGGAGCUGUUGGCCACUGGGAACCUGAGAGGCUCUGACCUGAUGACUUAAGGAUUCAAUAAAAUUCAGUGAAAUCCUCUCUUGGUGAAGUAUCCAAAAAUGCACGGGGCGUCUUUCCUGCAACUUUUCUGGCUUUUCAAGCUUCUUGCAGUAACUUUUUACUUUGUGAAGAAAAACAAAAUUUUGACAACCUGUUUUUCUGUUUAAAAGAUGGGCUUCAAACCUUCCUGCUCAUUAACAAAGGCUUCAUAUGUGAUUUCAGCACUCGCAUUAAAUAUCUCAAAUGAACAAGCAAAUAAAAAGAUGCUAGCAACCUUGA